CAAAGAAAGGGCAAAACAUCUUCCAAAAAACAGAAAAAAAAAAAAAAAGAAAAGAAAAAGAAAACAACCUCCCGGUUUCUUCUUUAACAACUUUGGUCUUAACCAGCAACUAACUAACACUUUCUAUUCAUUUUCGGCCUCCAAUGGCCGAUUCCGAGAAAUUGACGGCCUUGAAGAAGGCCUACGCCGAUAUAAUACUGAAUACGGCAAAAGAGGCGGCGGCGAGGAUAAUGGUGUCCGAGAGGAAAGCGCAACGGUAUCAGCGGGAGCUGUUCGCUGCCAAAGACGAGGCGUUGCGUAUGCUUCUUAGGCUAAAACAGAUGUUGGAUUCUAAGGUUAGUGAAGCAGAAAUGGUAUCCCUGACUCAACAGAGAAGGAUCGAAGAGCUAGAAGCACAGCUUGGGGAAGCUGAGGAUAUUGUAAAAGACCUUAGAGCAGAGUUGAGAGAACUACAGGAUGAAUUGGAGAAGGUGACAAACAGGCAGAUGCAGCCACUGAGUGAACAAAAUUCGGGGGCUGAAAAUGCUACUUUGAUAGCUACAUUUGAGGAGAAUAGACUAAGUACUUCUUGGUCUGUAAUAUCUUCUCUGCCAGCCUUACAAUGUGAUCCAGUAAUAACUCAUGAGAUGAAGAAUUCAACUUUCAACGGGACUUUCGAUGGCAGCAAAUGCUAUAGUGGACAUGAUUGUCAUAAAGACAAUUGUUUUGUUUGCAGUCCUGAUUUUGCCUCCAUAGUGAUGAGAAGCAAAGAGCCUGAGCUGUAUAGAAAUGGAUGCACUCAGAGAAUUCGUGCUUUUGAACGGAACCUGUUAGGUGGGAAUUUGUCUCUUUCUCGGCAAGCUGAAGAAAAGAAUCAGAUAGUUAUCAGAGAAGAAGGAGAAGAAGAAGAAGAAGAAGAAGAAGAAGAUGAAGAGGAAGAAAAAGAAGAAGACAAGGAUAUAUAUAAAGAACUCACUGCCAAGGUUGAUAAUGUUUGUGAUAUUGAAGUAAGUACAGAUAUAGUUAAAGAUGUUGAAGCAGGUAAUAAGUGUAGAAAAAGAAAAAGAAAAAGAAACAGAAAUCUGUCUCUUUCUGGGCAAGCUGAUGGCAUAAUGGAUCAGCUAUCUAUGAGAGAAGAAGAUAAGCAUAUAUGUAGUAACCUUACUUCCAAGGUUGAUAAUGGUUGCGAUACUGAGAAAAGUCUAGGUAUAGUCAAGGAUAUUCCUAGAAGACUAAGAAGAAAAAGAGCUGCUAGAUAUAGGAGACAUACGGUGUACAAGAGUUUUCCUCUUCCGGCUGUAGAUAAUGAUCUUCUAACUGGGGAAGAUUCUAGGACAAUUGAUGAUAUACCUCAGAAGGAUCCUAAACUUUCACUGUCAAAUAAAAAUGAAACUAUCACACAAGUUACAAAAAGUGACGCAGAAUUUGACAGGACCUGUUUGUUCCAGAAUAGAACAGACGAUAAGUUGUCAAUAGACGUACUGGAGUUGACUGGACAGGAUGCUGGAUCUGCAGAGAGUUCAGAGUUUCCAGCUAGCAAAACAGAUUUCAAGAUAGCCAGUGUGUUGCUGUCAAACUCAAAUCCAAAGGAGCCUGAUGUGAUUGAAUCACUUGCUAGUCAACCAAUGAAUAAGUUUCUCUACACAUUCCAAAGAAAAAGGAAGAAGGAGUCUCCCAGCAGCCCAGAUGGCGAUUCCUCUAUCGACAAUGGCACUUUGAAGAGAAAGACAGUGGGAAAACAAAUUGGUUACGGGGAGUCACAGAAGUCAGGCUUAAUAGCUGAAUCAUCUAGAGAUACUCGGAAGAUGGCACAAGUUGCUCGUCAGCUUAUAUCGUUGUCUGAAAAGAAAUGGUGGUAGAGUCGCAUUCAAGAAAUGAGGACAUGGGUUUCAAUGUUGAAAAUGGAAAUGCUGUCGUCUGCAAUGCAAUUCCAGAGAGACGGCGUUUCCUCAAGAAAUCCUAUGAAAAUGGAGGCUGCUUUUUCAAGAAAGAGCAGUGGUUACCUUAAAUAAUAUUUGGUCAUUGUUAUAUCCACCAAAUUUUCAGCGUUCUUGUAAUUUCUUUAAUCUUAUAUCUUGGAUUAAUUAUAUAUUGAAGGUGUCAAGAUAUUAACUAUUUGACACAGCUUUACUUAAAUAAAUGAAAAUUCAAAAUUUUUACUGAUUA